UGACACGUCAGUUUCGAUUGUCAAUUUAAGCAGAAUUUUCCUACAAGAAGCAGACAUUUUUGGGCGAAAAGCAAACAAAAAAUCUAGCAUUUUAACAUUUGUAUUUUAAAACCAAAGAUAUAGCUUUUAACGCUGAUAUCCUCAUCACCAUUGAAGUGCAGCCAGUACAUCUAACACAUUGCGUGGCAAAACACUUCUUCAGAGUGCCAGCGCCAUAUCUUAAUACCUUAAACAAUUUUAAAAGCCUGCGGAUAAUAGUCCUAUUGUAUUUUAUAGUAAAAUGCAAUCAUCAGUACGAUUUAGUUUAAUAUCUGCAUUGUUGCCGCUACUGUUUUCGAUUACCUUCUGCCCUGCCACCGCUGUAGAAUUUACAUUCGAUUUAGCAGACAAUUCGGAGGAUUGCUUCUUUGAAGAAGUGCGGCGUAAUACAUCAUGCUAUCUAGAGUUCCAAGUAUCUGCUGGUGGUCAACUGGACGUGGAUGUAACGUUAACAAAUCCUCAUGGCAAAGUCAUAUACGAACAACAGCGUGCCACAUUUGACAGUCAUCAAUUUACGGCGGAAGCGACGGGUGUUUAUAAAGUUUGCUUUAGUAACCAAUUUUCUUCAUUUUCCCACAAAAUUGUCUAUGUCGACUUCCAAGUUGGCGAUGAGCCUGCACUGCCUGGUAUCGACGAACAUGCCACCGUACUGACGCAAAUGGAGACUUCUUCCCAGUCAAUUCACAAAAGCCUCAAUGACAUACUGGAUGCACAAACGCACCACCGUUUGCGUGAGGCGCAAGGUCGCAAAAGAGCCGAAGAACUAAAUGAGGCCGUAUUUUUGUGGUCAGCUCUCGAGACAUUCAUAGUGCUUGUUAUCGGCUUCGGACAGAUUUUAAUUCUGCGAAACUUCUUCUCAAAUCGUAAACCUAGUGAUGCUCGGUAUAAUCAACUUCGGUAAAAAAUUCAAUAAGGUAAAAAGUAGAAAAAUCGAAAACGACCAAUUGGAAAUAAAACGAGAAUUGAACGAUAUGAAUCUACCAUGUGAAGAUGCGGCCAUGGAUAUAAAAUGCGCCAAGAGGUUGAAUUUAUGUUUUCGCAUACGCUUAUAAGUUUGAUAUACAUACAUACAUAGAUACUGUUUUCAAAAUAUAAUCAAAGACACCUUUAAUUUACGUUUAACACAUUAAGAUUCGGUUAUUUGCAAUACAUACAAUUGUAAUAAAUAGUUUCUACAAAUUA